AAGAGAAUGAAAAGAUGGUCCACCAGGCCCCACAUGCCUAAAAUGUGCUAUAUUUGGUUUAUCUCUACUCUAAAUUGUAGCACAGAAAUGCCUAUGGCCAUAUGGGAUGUUCUCAUCCUCUUCAUCCAUGUCUAAAGUAUUUUACCUAAUGCCUAUUAAGCAUGAUGUUGAUAAACUGGUUUGUAAUGUGUACCUGGUGGGGUGAGGUUAGCUCAGGGUACAUUUCUGCAGAGAAGAUUAAGCGCAAGGCUCCUUAUCAUAACGAAAUUCCAUGUAGCUCCCAUAAUCUUCCAUUUGUUUGUAAGAGAGAAAGGUCAGAGGAUCCAGAACCCAUCUCUUUAGUCCCAGAUAAAAAAUCUAAGCAUAAUGAUCCCAACUCUAGCCAUGCAAAUGGCUCGGAAGAUUCAACUACAACAAGUAAGGAUCUGACGGUCAAAACAACCACUACGAAUUUUUCCUCAGCACUCUUGGAAUUCCCUUUGCUAGAAUCUAUUGAAGCCAAAGAAAGUCUUCCAGUUAACGCACCUACAUUUGAUUCUUCUAACCUCGAGAAAUCUGUGCCUCCUGGCUAUUUGAAAUUUAUCAGCAAUUUAGAGAAUGAGAUCCUUAAUGUUUCAAUGGAGAGGGAGACAUUGAAGAUUGAAGUGAUGAGGGCCCAAGCCAUGAUCAACGUUCUUCAAUCACGGAUUGAUCUUUUGAACAAGGAAAAUGAGGACUUGCGAAGGCACGUUCGGGGUGUCUAG